CAUUAUGAGGGUCACACAAAGGAGAAUUGCUACAAACUUUAUGGCUAUCCAUCAGACUUCAAAGGAAAGAAGAAGGGGCACAGUCCUGGUGUGUGUGCAAACAGUGUGAGUAGUCCAAUAUUUCCAAUUGCAGCAGAAGCAGAGCAGUACCAACAGAUUCUUCAGAUGUUGUCCAAAGGGAAUGAAGAGGGGCUAGAAUCAUCUGCCAAGCUAGUUGUUGUAGGUACUCUAAUCACUCUAAUGUCCAAUUAUAUCAAGCAUAAUUGGAAUAUAGAUACAGGAGCCUCAAAUCACAUGACCUCAAACCUUGAUGCUCUUACAUCUUGUCAAGCAAUUCCCAGCUCAAAGAGAUGCACUAUUCAAUUACCUACUGGAAAUGUAGUUUAUGUAUCAUAUAAAGGAACCUCCUCGGUACUUAGAAACAAAAGUAUCUCUAAUGUGCUAUACAUUCCAGACUUUAGAUACAACUUGCUCUUAGUGUCUCAACUCACCAAAGAACUUCAAUGCACGGUAGCAUUCUUCCCUGAGUUCUGUAUUUUUCAGGAUUUCUAUAGUGGUCAGGUGAAGGAGAUUGGUAAGGAGGAGCAUGGUUUGUACAUACUUCAAGGAGGACCAUCACAGUACUCUGCAACAACACCAGAAAAUAAGUAUGCUCACACAUCCAACUUACUUGACUCUGAAUUAGUAUGGCAUGGGAACUCAUCACUGCCAUGCACAUGCUCCUAUUGAUGUAAUAA